AUGGCGCAGUGCCGAGCAGACCGGGAAGAAACCCGCACUCCGAGGCUCUUCGACAUGGAAACAAGACAACCAUGCAUUCAGUGUCCUGCUUUAUCUGGAGGCUAUCCGAGAGCCUGGUUGUUGUCACAUCUGCCUACAGGGCCAGCAGCCUACAUCAAUGGCUUCCAAGGGGCUUUCCCUCUUGAGCGAGGCACCAAGAUGGCUUCAUUUUUGGCGGCCCGAGCCUCGGGGAACCCUAACCCGCCCGCUCUGGGCGAGGGGCCGCGGUCAGUGCCACCAUCGUGCGUCCCGGGAGGCGGAGGGGCCCCGGAGCGGAGCCAGGCUGGGGCGGCGGCCGAGCCUGCGGAGCUCAUCCGGCGGGCGCACGAGUUUAAGAGCCAAGGUGCGCAGUGCUACAAGGACAAGAAAUUCCGCGAAGCCAUCGGCAAAUACCACCGGGCGUUGCUGGAGCUGAAGGGGCUGCUGCCGCCUCCAGGGGAGCGGGAACGGGACGCGCGGCCAGCUUCCCCGGCCGGAGUCCCCAAACCCAGCCAUCUCUCAGAGGAACAGAGCAAGACGAUUGAAGCCAUCGAGAUCGACUGCUACAACAGCCUGGCAGCCUGCCUGCUCCAGGCCGAGCUGGUGAAUUAUGAGAGAGUCAAGGAGUAUUGCCUUAAGGUCCUAAAAAAAGAAGGAGAGAACUUCAAGGCCCUUUACAGGUCUGGUGUGGCCUUCUAUCAUCUAGGGGACUAUGACAAAGCUCUCUACUACCUAAAAGAAGCAAGGACCCGACAACCCACAGACACCAAUGUGGUUCGGUACAUCCAGCUGACUGAGAUGAAGCUCAGCAGAUGUUCCCACAGGGAGAAAGAAGCCAUGUAGCCAAGAGGCCUCUAUCAAGCCACACCCAUGCCUGACUAGGGACUUCCAGGCAUCCUUGGCGGAGAGUCCCCGUGUGUGGGUUCUCUCCCUCUCUCCCCGGUUCUUUCUGUACCCCUUGUCCUUCCUGUUGCUCCCCGACUCUGUCUACUCUCAGUGCGAGAAGGUGAGAGGCACUCUUGGACCUUGGCGGGGUGGCCCAGAUGUGGACUUCUCUUUUCUAGCAGACCAGCAAAUGGGACAGCUGGGGAAGAGUCUCAUGGACUGGGGACAGCACUGUGGCUUCGACUUGGGCCAAUGUUUCAGAGCCUGGCAGGUGUGCAGAGCCAACGGUCUGGAACCUUCUACACCUUCUUGAUGAACCAGAGCCUCUUGAGGAAACUGAAAGAAACCUGGGGCUGAUGAAUGGGAGAAGCGUUUUUUGAACCAAGGCUGAGAUUGUGAAUUCCGACUCCCCCCACCCCCACCCGCUAGUCACCUGGGCUCCUGCCACACACCCUUACUUGUCUAGGCUUGUACUUUCUUCUCUCACUCUGGGAGGUCAGUUCUUUGCCAGGCAGGCUUCACAUGCCAUCAAGGCCCACUCUCGGUGCCCUCUGGUGACCACACAUACCAUUCCCCCGCCUCCCAGCCAGCAGGCAGCUGUGACAGCAGAAGGGCAGGGUGCCAUGGGCCAAAUGUUGGGAGCAGAGCAGACUGUGUAGGUGACAGAAGAGGGAAAGAUGACGACAAGGGGAAGAAAGAGCCUUGGGUGGGCUGAGGGACCGGGCUAAUAAUGUAAAUAAAAACUAGCUCCCAGGCUUCAGUUCCUGUCGUUUCUGUUGAGAGCAGCCCACUCCCUCAUUUCCUUUCCCUUCCUGUCCCUCAGGCAGAGUGGCCUACAACUUCCCCUAAAGCCAGUGACCGUUAGCCAGGACUAACCUUCAUGGUGGCCACAGGCUUUUAUGCUUUGAGGAGUUGGCUGGGAUUGUGGAGAGUGCUCCAGGAUUUGGCUUUGUGAGGAUUUGUCCAAACCCCCGCCCCUUUUCUUUGACAGAAUUGCCUGAACUCAAUAUCUAGCACAUAACAAAGUUUUUUUGAAUUGAUAAUUUCGACUGCAGACUGACUCUCCUGCCUUAAACUGAUCGGAUCCCAGCCUGAUCUCCUGACACGUACGCGUUUUAUGCUUUGCCAUGUUGAAACAUCUCUCGGGGGCUUGCCGUUCCCCCACCGCAGUGCAAUAUAGGAUGCAGUCCCAGUCUUCCCGGAGGUAGGACAGCUGAGAAAUCCAUAGGAGGUUGUCACCAAUGACGCCACUAAUGUGUAGGACGCUUACACAUGUCCAAGGCACUUUCAUGUAUUUUUCGUGUGACUUAGUGAGACACUGUUGUAUAAAAUUAAAAUAUAUACAGAUGCAAUAAUGUUAAUAGUUAGGAUUUAUUAAAUGCUCUAUCUUCGGAUCUCUA